AUGCCAUUUUUAGAAAUAGUUGGUGUGCUUCCCACUGGAAAUUUUUUUGCUAUUGGAUUUGCAUGGUUGAAAGACGAGCAACAAGGGAGUUAUGAAUGGGCUCUUGGCUGUGUAAGACAAUUAUUUGAUCCAGAGAAGUUGCCAGUUGCAAUUGUAACUGAUAGGGAAUUGGCUCUAAUGAAUGCUAUCGAUAUUGUGUUUCCUACUUCGUCCCAUCUUUUAUGUACAAGACAUAUUCAGAAAAAUAUCGAGAACUAUGUGUUGAAAAUCACAAAAAACAAGCUUAUUGUGAAAUCUUUUAUAAAAAGGUGGCAAAGAGUAGUGGAAGCUGAUACGAUCGAAAUGUAUAGGAAAAGGUAUAGAGAAAUGGUUAAAGCAUUUGCUAGAAUGCCAGCAGUACUGAAUUACGUAAGAUCAUCGUGGAUUGAGAAAUAUAGAAAUAGAUUUGUUCGUGCCUAUACGAUGAAUGUUUUACAUUUGGGGAACAGGAUGACCAAUAGGGUAGAAAGUGCACAUGCAGCAUUGAAAGCGUGGCUAAAGACAUCGACAGGAAGUUUGGAUACCAUUUGGCCUAAGAUUCAUUCUUUUCUAGAAUCACAGAUGACUGAAAUAAAAGCUGCAUUUCAACGGUCGCAAAAUAAGGAUCCACAUAUGACAAUUUUACGGAUUUUUAUGUGGUUAAAAGGUCGAGUUACACACAAAGCAUUACGCUUACUUGAUAAUGAAUAUAAAAGGGUUGAUGAAGUUCGUAAAGACCCUAAUUUGUGUGGGUGCUAUAUGAGAUAUACUCACGGUCUUCCAUGCGCUCAUGAGAUGAUGGAAAUGGAGGCUGAUAGUAGGAGUAUUGGCCUUUGUGAUAUUCACCCAUUUUGGAAGACCUUUAAAGUUGGAGAGUAUUCCCCUCAAGACAAUUCUUCGGACAAAUUUGUAUUUCAGUGCAGACAUGAUAUAGACAAGGAACCAGUUCCCACUGCUCAGCCUAAAGGUCGUCCGUCGACUAAAAAUUCCACAAAAAGAGAUCUAUGCAGUUGGGAGUUUACUGAACAGGAAUGCGCUAAAUAUGCUCGGACCGCAUACAAUAGGCGUGGAAAGACUCCUCAACAGUAUGCGCAUACCUCGGUUCGUGGUCGCGGACGUCCCCCUUCACAUGUUCCUUCUCGUGGACGUGGUAAUAUUUCUGUUCGUGGUCAGGCACGAUCUAAUUCUUCAAAGGUUUCUUCUUGUGGACGUGGUAACCCCUCUGUUGAUGGUCGUGGACAAUCUCCUUCACCUGAUACACGAUCUAAGAAUAAUAAAGGUAUUUCUCCGAAUAUUGCUCCAUGGGUUAGUGAUCUCCCAUUUUAUAUUGUGCCUCACAUCAACUAUAUCCACGAUGUUAUCGGAGAUGGAAAUUGUGGGUAUAGAGUUAUUGCUCGGUGGACAUAUGGGGAUGAACAUAGAUGGCCUACGAUUCGGCAGGAAUUAGCUACAGAACUUGAAAACAAUUUUGCCUUUUACAGUAAUGUCUUACAUGACGGUCUGGGUACUUUAACCUCUAUUAAACAUUAUGCUGGACCUGCGCCUAAAGUUCAUUGGAUGAGUUUAUUCGAAACGGGUACUAUCAUCGCUACUAAGUACAAUGUUGUGGUUGUUUGUUUCUCGAUAUCUCAAUCAUUGACUUUCCUUCCUUUGUUUGCGGAAAAAGGGAAAAGCUAUCUUAAUCAGAUCUUUACACUUGGUUUUAUACAACGCAUGGGACACUUUAUCAUGAUUGAGAUGAAAGAAGAUUUUCCACUACCACCAAUUUGUCCAUAUUGGCGCCGUUUUCAUCAAUCUAGCGUCGAUGGAUGGAACAUUCCUCUAGAAUCCAGAAUUGAACAAUGGCAGCGUUUACAUCAACAUCGUCCAAGUGCUACACAAAAUAGGAGGGGUGAUUCAAUUAAUAUUGACUAG